AUGAAUCUUUCAAUUGUUUUCAGAGUUAUCAAUAUCAUUGUAGCAGCAUUCAUGAUUAUAGGAGGUGUUGCAACAUGUUUAGCCACUGGAGGCUUUCCCAAUUUUGUCCAAGGUAUCUUUGUCAUCAUCUUUGGUAUCAUGACAGCCGUGUUCGAAUUUAGAUUGCCUGCUAUUAUCACUCAAUUUGCAUCCUUUAUGUUUUCAUUUAUGGGCCGUGGUAUCUUCUAUGCCUUCCUCGGAGCUAUUACUCUGAAUUACGGUGGCCUUGCUCUUGCUUCAGGCAUUAUUAUUCUUGUGUUUGGUGUUGCAUACAUUGUCCUUCAUUUCUUUAAAAAUAUUGAGGCACCAUCUAACAUGCAAAAGAGAGCUUAUGAGGAUGCUGUUGGUUAUUCUACUCGGGUGAACGACGCUCCCUCUCCCAGCUUCCAAUCAAGUGAUUAUCCUCAGCCUGGUGUUGGUGGUCAACCCACUUACCCAUCUGCCAACUAUGCAAAUCCGGGUGCUGUUUAA